AUGGGGCAAAGACCGUUUGUCUUGGUACCAAAGAAGCAAAGUGUUGUCCGGGAUUAUUGGAAGGAAGAUGCAGGCCAUGCUUUUUGGAUGUUACAGCCACACGUCCCUGUUUCUGAGCAAGCGGUUAUUGAAUGGUACUCUUUAUCUGAUGUGUUGUUUACGAUUACUUUGAAUGAGGGCAAAGAUACUUGGUCUUGGGUUGGGAAAGGCGACGAUCUGUUUUCUGUUAAAGCGGUUAAAAAUCUGAUGCUGAAUAAUAGGAGCUUUGGUGUUUGGUUCAAAUACAAAUGGGUGGCGUGGGUUCCUCUUAAAUGCAACAUUUUAGCGUGGCAAGCCGAAAUGGGGCGGGUUCCGACUGCCACGGCUCUUUCGAGGAGAGGAGUUCACCUGCAGUCCGAUGUCUGCAGCCUUUGCAACGUCUUCCCUGAAACAGUUAAGCAUUUGUUCGUGGACUGUGGUUUUACGUCUGGGGUGUUGACAGCUAUCGGAAGAUGGUGUGGUUUAAAUAUUCAACAGGUUGUCGACGUUCGAGAGCUGCUCUGCUGCUAUAAAAAUGCAACAGCUGACAAAAAGUGCAGGAAGCUGAUCUGCUGUCUGUUCAUUGUUAUGGUGUGGGCUAUUUGGGGCGCUAGGAACGACAAGAUAUUUCGUCAUAAAGAGCCGAAGGUGGUUGAAGUGGUCGCGUCCAUCAAAUCUCUUUCUUUUUUGUGGUUUAGAAGUAGAUCUAGGUUGAAAAACGUUCUGUGGAAGAACUGGGUCAAUUCCCCUUUGUACUUUUUGUAA